AAACUUAUAGGCCCAAUUUUGUGUUUGGUUCUUUACCUUAUGGCACCAACCAAUUUAAUGGAUAUGUUCCAAUGGGCUGUGGAGGAGGCCGAGGACACCGUGGAGCCCAAGGAGGAAAAAAUAAUCGGAAUUCCUCCAACAAGUAUAAUAAUCGCAAUACUAAUGCUUGUCAAUUGUGCAAUAAUUUUGGUCAUGUUGCUAGGAAUUGUCCAAAGCUCAAAAAUCACGCUCAUGUUGCCAACUUUGUGACAACUUCCACUUCAAAAAAGGAUGAUUGGUGGAUAGAUUUUGGAGCCUCUGAUCAUGUUACUCUUGACUUUGCAAACUUGGCACUUCACUUAGAAUAUGACGAGCCCAAUGAACUGCUCAUUGGUGGUGGCUUAGGAUCGCACUAUAGGGGUGAUGCUUCUUCGAGUGCCCAAUCAACAUGGCGUGUACCAGCUACCAAUUCAAAGUUAGUUGAUUCAUUGAUCAAGUUAAUGGAGAACACCUUUUCUAUCAAAGAUCUUGAUAAAUUUGGCAUGGAUGUGGCUAAAUCGGUUCCCCCCCCCCCCAAUGGCUACUACCUCUCUUCACUUGCACCAAGGUCUCAAACUCUCAAAUCAUUCUCUGCCGGUGACAAGGAUACACUUCAGUCCACCACUGGCUUCAUUGUGUUCUUGGAUGGUACUCCAAUUUCUUGGAGAGCUUGUAAACAGAAGGCUGUUGCUCGUAGUUCAACUGAGGCGGAGUAUCGUGCUUUAGCUACUGCUUCCUUUGAGGUCAUUGGGGUUUGUAAUCUUCUCCACGAACUGGGUCAUCCUGUCUCAUACCCACUUGCAAUAUACUAUGAUAAUAUUGGCGCCACUCAUCUUAGUAGCAAUCCAAUAAUGCAUACCCGCAUGAAGCACAUUGCCAUUGAUCUUCAUUUUGUUCAUGAAUUAGUGCAUCGAAAGCUAUUAUGGGUCAAUCACAUCUCCACUGUUGACCAGCUUGCUGAUGGGCUUACUAAACCUUUAUCCUUAGCAUGGUUCUCUUAGCUAAAAUCCAAGAUUGGAGUUACUGACGGUAGCUCCAUCUUGCAAGGGCAUAUUAUGGAAACAAAUCCUGUCAUCAAUUCUAGCAAUCCCAACUCAUGAAUCACGGCAACAAGACUCAUCUUGGCAACUGUAUCUUCAGUAUUAUAGCAGCAUAUCAGUCACACAUUUAAAUCGUAUAUACUCCAUUAUUGUAUAUAUCUUUAGUUUCCUUGUGUAACUGCAAACUCUUGUAUAUACAUGGUUUAGUAUUAUGAAUAAAGAUGAUCAUUUUUC